AAUUUCCAUUCAUUUAUUUAUCCCUUUCUUCACUCCCAAACCUAAACUUCAAGCCCCUUUCUUUCUCUCUCUCAUCCAAAACCCAAUAGCAAUUCUGAUUCGACCCAGAAAAGGGAAAGAUUCUCCAAACACAGAGGACCCUUUAUUUGUAGGCAAAAUUUUCAGAAAAAAACAGUGAAAAAAUGGACAAUACUACAACCCUUUGCACCAAAAUAAAUAGUGAUAGUGAGAAGAGUAAGAUAACAAGAGAGCUUCUUAAUGGCCAUGAAGCUGCAACUCAGCUGAAGCUUCUUCUUCUUAAGAAUCCCAAUGGAGGGUCUUCUCUCUCAGCUGAAGAGCUUCUUGCCAAUGUCCUCAGAUCCUUCAAUGAAAUCCUUUCCAUUCUCUCUUCCCAAAAUGCUGGGAUUAAGGCGGCAGAUGAUUCUGAUCAGUGUAAGAACAAAAGAACCGCCACAAAGACAGCAAGAGGAAGAGGUUGCUACAAAAGAAGGAGUAGUCCAGACACAUGGACCAUAGUUUCGCUCACUGCUGAUGAUAAUUACACAUGGAGGAAAUAUGGACAGAAACAAAUCUUGAGUUCUAUAUUUCCAAGGAGCUACUUUAGAUGCAGUAGAAAGUAUGAGGAGGGUUGCCGGGCAAUCAAACAGGUGCAAAAGACACAAGAGAAUCCUAUUAUGUACCAAACUACCUACACUGGCAUGCAUACAUGCAAAUCCACUCCCAAUAGUAAUAAUAAUGUUCCACGUUUGCUUGUGAAUUCUCAGAAUCAUCAUCAUGAUUCUAAGGUAUCCAAUGAAAAGGAUUAUUACCCUAUAAUUAGUCCUCUAACUCCAACUGUCACACAAGAACAUGCUAAAGAAGAUUCACCUAGUGAUGUUGGAGAUCAUAAACUGGAUCCUGUUUGGUCGGAUUUGAAGGAUUUUGAACCGUCCAUCAAGCCUUCCAUUAACUUGGUAAAGAAUUUUGGCACUCAUGAUGAUGAUGUGUUCCACCACUUUGAUGCUUUCUUAGCUUCCUAAUAAGCUUUAUUAUUAAUUGUUGAUUCCAUUAUUUUGCUUGAUACUGGGGAGAAAAGGUCAAAUUGAAAUGCACAAAAGCGCAUUUACUCUUCCUCUCUUACAAUGAAACUAUGGCACUUUUUCCUGAAUGUUAUUAUAAGACAAAAUCCAUUAAAUUGUAUAUUAUUUUACAUGUAUUAGUGGACACUUUGAUUUCAUGCUUAUUGCAUGAUAGCAGUGUGUAAUAAUGAAUUUCUAUAUA